AUAUUGGAAGGUCUACCCGCGCAAAAACACAACAAUACAUCAACGAAAGAGAGAAAAUUUUAGCAUCGUCAAAACGAAAAUGGAGAGAGGGAGGAGGAUGGAGCUUACUCUCCUACUUUCAUGGAACAUUCCUAAUCCUCUUCAUCUUCCAUGGAGGAAGAUCAACCACCAAACUAAUUACCCACCAUCCAAUUUUCUCCUUAUUUCUACAAUCAUCAUUCUCCCUUUUUCUCUUUCUCUCUCUUUUGAUCUCAUUCUCCUUCCCAACACGUUCUUGACCCCGUUAAUCUUCAAAGAAAUUUCAUCAUGGCUUCAAUCAUAUGACCUUUUCGACUUUCUUUCUUUAUUAUUCCAUUUCCGUUUUCAAUCGCUUUUAUAAGAAGGCACAUGGACAUCGUCUUUUUUUUCUUUCUUGGGGGGUUUCCUGAAAAAUUCUCGCGUUCUACUGCCCAUUUCCCGGUUUUUUGGCUCCAAAAACAGGAGCAUAUUAUUCUUGUAAGUUAGUGGCUAAGCUAUAUUCUUGAUGCCACUCCCUAGCAGUUUUCAACCAUGAAUUCAACAUCAGAGCAGAACAACAGAGAUUAUGCUGGACUCAGCAUCUCAAACUUAGCUGUUAAUGGAAGACCCUCUGUAGAAAGGAACGCUAAGCAGAUAAUGAUUUUAGCUGAGUGGUUGAGGAGUAUUUUCCCUGGUCUAAAUUUGCCAAUCAAUGCUUCCGAUGAGGAUCUCAAAGCAUGCUUGUUGGAUGCGAAUGUGUUGUCCCAAAUUCUGAACAAGCUAAAAAAACAUGGUUCUGCAAAGGAGGGAGGUUAUGUUAUCCCCAAUUUGGCUUCACGGGCGGAGAAGAUCACGAGGUUCCUUGUCGCUAUAUCCAGCAUGGGGAUACUAAAAUUAGACGCUGCCGACAUUGAAGAUGGAUCUAUGGAUUCUGUUUACACCUGUUUAUGGUCAAUUAGAGCACGGUUUAUGUCAAAUGACGUGGGAGAUAAACCUUUGGGAUGUAACUCACCUGCUAAGUCAGAAAACUUUCGUUUUGACACAUCCUUACAUGAACCUUUUUCUCCUGUGAUGGGAGAAGAAAGGAGGAAAGUCUUAUUUGAGUCGAAAUUUCUUCGUACCCUGAGUAGUCCAAUUAUGUCAGAAUCAUUAGUAGGAUCAAAUCACCAAGUUGGUCAUAAGUUUCACGAAGUGUUUCAACUAAAGCAAGGUCGUUAUGCUGAUCUUCCGGCUGCAAAAAUUUCAGAAAUGAUGAAAUCAAAUAGUCUCGACCAUCUCUUAUUGCAGAAUGCUCCAACACAAUCACUUUUGAGUGUGGUGAACGGAAUUCUUGAUGAAAGUCUGGAGAAAAAGAAUGGUGAAAUUCCUCAUCGUGUGGCAUGCCUGUUGAGAAAAGUAGUUCAAGAAAUUGAGCGGCGUAUUUCUACUCAAGCAGAUCAUCUUCGAACUCAAAACAAUCUUUUCAAGGCUCGUGAAGAGAAAUUCCAGUCUCGAAUAAGAGUGCUGGAGGCACUUGCAUCAAACAUUAAUGAAGAAAAUCAGUCUGUUCUUAGCCAGCUUCAACAAACAAAGCAAGCAGAGAAGACUAAAGCGGAAGAAAAGAAGAAUUCUCUAAAUGAAGACGUGAGCAGGUUGAUUAAAGAAAGAGAUGAAUGCAAAGCAGAGAUUGUACUCUUGAAGCAAGAAUUGGAAACCGCUAAGAAGACAUACGAAUUGCGUUGCUUGCAAGUGGAAAUGGAAAAAGGUGAGGAUGUGAGUAGGUUGAUGAAAGAAAGAGACGAGAGCAAAGUAGAGAUUACAAUGUUGAAGCAAGAGUUAGAAAUAGCUAAGAAAACAUAUGAAUUACGUUGUUUGCAAUUAAAAACUGAAAUAGGCGAGGAUGCGGCUAGAUUGAUUAAAGAAAGAGAUGAAAGUAGAGAAAAGAUCACAAUGUUGAAACAAGAGUUGGAAACAACUAAAGAGAUGUAUGAAUUGCGUUGCUUGCAAGUAAAGACAGAAAAGGGGGAGGAUGUGAGCAGGUUGAUUGAAGAAAGAGAUGAAAACAAAGCCGAGAUCACAAUGUUGAAGCAAGAGCUGGAAACAGCUAAGAAGACGUAUGAAUUGCGUUGCUUGCAAGUGGACGCAGAAAAAGGGGAGGAUAUGAGUAGGUUGAUUAAAGACAGAGAUGAGAGCAAAGCUGAGAUCACAAUGUUAAAGCAAGAGUUGGAAGCAGCUAAGAAGACAUAUGAAUCGCGUUGCUUGCAAGUGGAAACAAAAAAAGGUGAGGAUGUGACUAGGUUAAUUGAAGAUAGAGAUGAAAGUAGAUCGGAGAUUAUAUCCUUAAGGCAAGAGUUGGAAAAAGCUAAGAAGACAUAUGAAUUGCGUUGCUUGCAAUUAGAAACAGAAAAUGAUGAGGCUAUGACUAGGUUGAUUAAAGAACGGGAUGAAAGCAAAGUUAAGAUCAUAACAUUGAAGCAAGAGUUAGAAGAAGCUAGGAAUGCAUAUGAAUUGCGAUGCUUGCAAUUUGAAAAGGAAAAAGAUGAAGAUGUGACUAAGCUGAUUAAGGAAAGAGAUGAAAGUAAAACAGAGAUUGCGGUGCUGAAGCAUGAGUUGGAAACAACUACAAAGACAUAUGAAUUACGCCGCUUGGAAGUGGAAACAGAAACAAAAUCUGCUCAAUUAAUGCUUGAGGAAAGAAUAAAAGAACUUGAGAACCUCUUGGAAGAUUCAAGUAAUGAAGUAAAAGAACUUACAACAAGUUUUGAAUCAAAGCAAAAAAAAUGGAAUGAAAAGGCAAACAGCUACAAGCGUAUGAUAGAAUUUCAAUACAAUCUAUUACAGGGUGUUAAAUGCACCUCAGAGUCUGUUAAAGAAGAGGUUCUGAGAGUGAAGAUGGACUAUUCAAACGAAGUCAACCAAUUAGGACUCAAACUCAAAUCAUUAGCACAUGCAGCUGGAAACUAUCAUGUGUUGCUUGCUGAAAAUAGAAAAUUGUUUAAUGAGAUACAAGAUUUAAAAGGAAACAUCAGAGUGUAUUGUCGAAUAAGGCCAUUUUUGACUGGGCAGAAAGACAAACGGAUGACCAUAGAAUACAUUGGUGAAAAUGGAGAAGUGGUCAUAGCAAACCCCACCAAGCCUGGGAAAGAAGGUCAUAAGUUAUUUAAGUUUAACAAGGUGUACAGCCCAGCUUCAACUCAAGGGGAGGUCUUUUCUGAUAUCCAACCUCUGGUACGAUCUGUACUUGAUGGAUAUAAUGUAUGCAUAUUUGCCUAUGGCCAAACUGGUUCUGGAAAGACAUAUACGAUGACUGGUCCUAAUGGUGCUACUAAGGAGAACUGGGGAGUUAAUUAUCGAGCACUCAAUGACCUUUUCGAAAUCUCUCAAAAUAGAAGUGGUGCCAUUUCCUAUGAAGUUGGUGCGCAAAUGGUUGAAGUUUAUAAUGAACAAGUGAGGGAUCUACUUUCAAGCAACGCCUCCCAGAAGAAACUAGGGAUUUUGACUCAUUCUCAACCGUUUGGACUUGCGGUACCUGAUGCUACCUUGCUUCCAGUGAAUUCAACCUCAGAUGUUAUAAACCUAAUGGACAUUGGACUGAAGAACAGAGCAGUUGGCGCCACUGCAAUGAACGAAAGAAGUAGUCGGUCACAUAGUAUUGUGACUAUACACGUUCGUGGGGCGGAUUUGAAGGGUGGUUCCUCAUUGCAUGGUAAUCUUCAUUUGGUAGAUCUUGCUGGAAGUGAGCGGGUUGACCGUUCUGAAGUUACAGGAGAUAGACUCAAGGAAGCACAACAUAUAAACAAAUCAUUGUCCGCACUUGGAGAUGUCAUUUUUGCUCUAGCACAGAAGAGCUCUCAUGUUCCAUAUAGAAAUAGCAAGCUCACUCAAGUCCUCCAAAGCUCUCUUGGUGGUCAAGCAAAGACGGUUAUGUUUGUACAGCUUAACCCUGAUGUGAACUCAUAUUCUGAGUCCUUGAGCACAUUAAAGUUUGCAGAGAGAGUUUCUGGAGUCGAGUUGGGAGCAGCUCGGAGCACCAAGGAAGGAAGGGAUGUCAAAGAGCUAAUGGACCAGGUGGCAUCUCUGAAAGACACUAUCAGCAAAAGGGAUGAGGAGAUUGAUAGGCUACAGCUACUCAAAGACCUCAAGAACAACGUGUACAACGGUAUCAACACCGAGAAGCGCAGCACAGCUACUAUACACAAAGAUGUGAAUGGCAUAGUGCCAAGAGUUCAGAAGCCUUCAGGUGGGAAGAGCAUAGGUGGAGCUGUGGAGAAAGAUGGUUUAGAUCAUGACAAUGCAUCAGACCACAGCGAUGCGCAUUCGGAAGCAGACUCUCAUCACUCAAUGGAUGAUGUGAAGAACCGUAAUGAAGCUAUUCGACGACUAGACAUAGGUCAGAAUAUUAUUGAAGAUGCUGAGACAUUAGGAUUUGCAGAUCCAGAUUACGAAGAAAGAAUAAUGGACGUUGAUGAUCUUACUAUUGAAACAGAAAAUGAUGCAACAAGUAUGAACUCAACUCGAGCCACAAAACCGGCAGAGAAGUUGGAAAAGCCCAGAUCUACAACUACUAUUUCUAGGACCUUGCAUAAACAUUCACAAACUGCAUCAAGUACACUGCCUGGAUCCAAGGAGCCUUCAAGGUUAUCAUCUGCACCAAGUCUUAAAAAAACUGUAACGGGACUCAAGUCUGGUAGAAGAUGGCAGUAAUUUCAAAGGGAACUUUCCUUUCCUUUUCUUUUUCAUAUUUAUUUACGUUUUACAGAGUUUUUUUUUUUUGCCCUUUCAAUUUUCAUUGAGAAAAAAAUAUAGGUUAGGAAAAUUAAUUACCAUAAAGUUCUGUAUAUAAAAGGCCCCUAUGUAUAGUCCUCAAAUUGGGAUGACAAAAGUGUAUAAAUGUAAACUUUAAAUAGAAAAAAUGUCCUUGGUUCGGGUUCGGGUU